CGCGUCUGUUUUUCGCUCUGGUGUGCGAGUGUAUUCGCUGUGGCGUAGAGAUGGCGAUUGCAGCUGCACGCUCGGCUUAAUAGGCGCAGAGACAGCUAGCUCACAGCAGCGAGAGCCGAACGCCAAGCCGCUGUUACGCAGAGAGGCAUAUUGCACAACCCGGCGGGGAGUGACCGGCUCGAGACCAUGGGACACGGAGUGGGCUGAGGAUCUGGAGAGCCCUGCAACCACACCGACUCCUCUCCCCUCGGUGUGUGACAUGGCCACAGGCUGGUCCAGCACAGACUGCAGGAGUAGCCAUGCUGGGAGGUCCCAGCUGCACGCCACAGUGUCCUGUGCCAGGCUGAAGAGGAAGAAGAACUGGUUCGGCGCGGUGUACGUGGAGCUGGCCGCGGACGGAGAGGCCUGGAGGACUGCCAAAUCCCACAGUUCCUCCAACCCCAAAUGGGAGGAGAGACUCACUCUGACUGUGUCCCCUGAGGCCCGGCUGGACUUUAAGGUGUGGAGUCACCACGCCCUGAAGGCCGACGCCCUCCUGGGCAAGGCCUCUCUCCACCUGCAGGUGGCGCUAGAGCAGCACGAGGGCAAACUGGAGAAUGUGCGGGAGGUUCUGAAGCUGACGAUGGACAGUAAGAGUGGGGUGGUCUCCGCUGGCGACCUCACCGUCAUCCUGGACGGGCUGAGUGUGGAGCAGGAGGCCCUGCACAAUGGCACCACCCCCACCCCCACCCCCAACACCACCCCCAACACCACCACCACCACCCCCAACACCACCAGUGCCUCCACUGCUGCUACUGCUGCGACUGCCAAGGUACAGCAGAAUGGGGAGGACACACAUGACCACUGCAGUGAAAGCUCCAGGGCUCCAAGCAGGUGGAAUGGCGAUUCUGGCUGUGGCUCUGCUUCCGGUUCUGAUUCUGCUUGCGGUUCCGGUUCCGUCUCUGUGUCCGGCUCCAAUGGGCUGGACACGGCGGCCUGCCCCUCCUCCUCCAGCGAUCCCGGGAACGCCCCCGUCGUUAACGGUGACAGCGAAGCUGGCCCCGCCCAUGCGAUGGACACGCCCCCCGACACGCCCACUCGCACGCCCGCAUACGCCAAUGGAGAAGCUCCUGCUCCUACCGCCGCUCCUCCUGCUGAUCCUCCUGCUGACCCUCCUGCUGACCCUCCUGCUGACCCCACGCCCGUCUCCUCUGCCGCGGCAGUGCUGCCCUCCGGUGGCGGGUCGGAGGACUGCAGGGACGACGCCACCUCAGACUCUGUGGCCAAAGACCCCCCAGUGCCCCCGCCCCCCGCUGCACCCGAGGCCCCCCCCGGCGCCCCUGCCCCCCCCUCCUCCUCCUCCUCCUCGCCCCCCGCCCCCCCAGGCUCCUCAGAGAGCCCGGCCAAGCCCAGGGCACAGACGGGCAGCGCCAACCCCGACCCCCUCCCCACCGGGUGGGAACAGAGGAAGGACCUGCACGGUCGGACCUACUACGUUGAUCACAACACCAGGACCACCACCUGGGAGAGACCACAGCCCCUGCCCUCCGGUUGGGAGCGGCGUGUUGAUGACCGGGGUCGUGUCUACUACGUGGAUCACAACACCAGGACCACCACCUGGCAGCGGCCCACCAUGGAGUCCGUCCGAAACUUCGAGCAGUGGCAGUCCCAGCGCAGCCAGCUGCAGGGAGCGAUGCACCAGUUCAACCAGCGAUACCUCUACUCGGCGUCCAUGAUGUCAGCGGAAAACGACCCCCUGGGCCCUCUGCCUCCUGGCUGGGAGAGGCGCGUGGAUUCCAACGACCGGGUCUACUUCGUCAACCACAACACCAAGACGACACAAUGGGAGGAUCCCAGAACACAAGGGCUGCAGAACGAGGACCCCCUGCCGGAGGGCUGGGAGAUCCGGUACACGCGCGAGGGGGUGCGCUACUUCGUCGACCACAACACCCGCGCCACCACCUUCAGUGACCCGCGCACGGGCAAGUCUUCUGUCACCAAAGGUCCCCAGAUCGCUUAUGAGCGCAGCUUCAGGUGGAAGCUGGCACACUUCCGCUACCUGUGUCAGUCCAAUGCGCUGCCCAGCCACGUGAAGAUCACCGUGUCUCGCCAAACGCUGUUUGAGGACUCAUUUCAACAGAUCAUGGCGCUGAAGCCGUAUGACCUGAGGCGCAGGCUGUACGUGAUCUUCAGGGGGGAGGAGGGACUGGACUACGGUGGCCUGGCCAGGGAGUGGUUCUUCCUGCUGUCUCAUGAGGUGCUGAACCCAAUGUACUGCCUGUUCGAGUACGCCGGCAAGAGCAACUACUGUCUGCAGAUCAACCCCGCCUCCACCAUCAACCCCGACCACCUGUCCUACUUCUGUUUCAUUGGACGAUUCAUUGCCAUGGCUCUGUUUCAUGGUAAGUUCAUUGACACUGGGUUCUCCCUCCCGUUCUACAAGCGCAUGCUGAACAAGAAGCUUACUAUCAAAGACCUGGAGUCCAUCGACCCGGAGUUCUACAACUCCCUCAUCUGGAUCAGGGACAACAACAUCGAGGAGUGUGGCCUGGAGAUGUUCUUCUCCGUGGACAUGGAGAUCCUGGGGAAGAUCACGUCUCACGACCUGAGACCCGACGGCGCCAACCUGCUGGUGACGGAGGAGAACAAGGAGGAGUAUAUCGGGUUGAUGGCAGAAUGGCGGUUCACUCGGGGAGUGGAGGAGCAGACCAGAGCUUUCUUGGACGGCUUUAACGAGGUGGUGCCCCUGCAAUGGCUGCAGUACUUUGAUGAGAAGGAGCUGGAGGUGAUGCUUUGUGGGAUGCAGGAGGUGGACUUGCAGGAUUGGCAGAGGAACACAGUUUAUCGGCACUACACCAGAAACAGCAAACAGAUCGUCUGGUUCUGGCAGCUGGUGAAGGAGGUGGAUAAUGAGGUGAGGCUGAGACUGAUGCAGUUUGUGACGGGGACGUGCCGGCUCCCUCUGGGAGGAUUUGCUGAGCUCAUGGGGAGUAACGGUCCGCAGAAGUUCUGUAUAGAGAAGGUGGGCAAGGACAGCUGGUUGCCCCGGUCUCACACCUGCUUUAACAGAUUGGACCUGCCUCCGUACAAGAGCUUCGAACAGCUGAAGGAAAAGCUGCUGUUCGCCAUCGAGGAAACGGAAGGAUUUGGGCAGGAGUAGGGAGGCCUGGUGAAGGCUCCGGUCUCCUGGAUGGAUUUUAGGAGGAGAGCUUCUCCUGCAACGUGCCCAAACCCGUUAAACAAAGCAAAAAAGCAAAAAAAAAAAAAAAAACACAAACUAAAGAAAAUUGCACAGUGAA